GAACUGUGUAUACACUGAUGGUCUGACCGCUUUGCUUCUUGUUGUUUUUGCUGCGUACGCCGUACGGAACGGGAACGGUAUACGAAAAGUUAUUAGUUGUGAAGAUUGAAUUCUGCAGAGAGACAAAGAUAGAGACGCAUUACUGCUAAUUGAAAGAUGUCCGCUAAGCGUAAGGCAGGUGGUAACGGGGCCGGUCCCAACAAGCGUCGCCCAAAGAAGAAGGAAUCAGACUACGAGGAUGAGUUCAGUGAUGAGUCCGACGACGAUGUCGCCCAACAGCAACAUGCUGCCGGUCAAAUGGAGGUGCUAAUACCACACGAUAGUCUGGAUCCGCCCAGUAAGCUGCCAGAGGAUUUGCUAGCGACUCUGGAGAAGACACCGGGUCAGCUGCUGAUAGCCGGCAUGGUGACCUGGGAUCUAACCGGCAAACGGGAUCGCAAAAAUGUCACAAAAGUGCGUCCCAAUCUGUAUAGCUUUCAUCGCUUUACAGAUGAGAUGUAUCGGUAUGCUGCCAGUGGACCCGCUGCAGCACACACAAUACUCAUCAACAUGGAUCGCAAGGCAUUGGGCUUUGGACGCAAUCCCAGCGGUCAGCUUGGCUUGAGCCAGGAUAUGAAGCUGGUGGAGAAGCCAACACUCAUUCCAGCACUGGAGCAGCUGAAUAUCGUACAAGUAGCCGCUGGGCGGCAUCAUACGCUCUUCCUCACCGACACAGGCACCGUCUAUGCCUGCGGAGAGAACAAGUCCGGGCAAUGUGGUGUGGGCAAUGCUCAUCCAAAUAUCUUUACACCGACUCCAAUUAAUUAUCGUGGCCCACCUAUUAUACGCAUCGGCUGCGGUGCCGAAUUCUCAGUUAUACUCGAUAUUAAGGGCAAUUUGCAUACGUUCGGCUUGCCGGAAUACGGUCAGUUGGGCCACAAUACGGAUGCCAAGUAUUUUGUGAAUGCCAAUAAGUUGUCAUUCCAUUUUGAGACAUCACCGAAGAAGGUUGUGCUCUACAUUGAGAAGAGCAAGGAGGGGCAUGUGACACCUGUCGAUGGUGUACAGAUUGUCGACUUUGCGUGCGGCAACAAUCAUACGGUGGCAAUUGAUUCAAAGAAGCGAGUCUAUAGCUGGGGUUUUGGGGGCUUUGGCCGCUUGGGUCAUGCCGAGCCCAAAGACGAGAUGGUACCGCGUCUCAUGAAGUUCUUUGAUUCUCAAGGACGUGGCGGACGCAGCGUCUACUGCGGCUCAACCUUCAGCUUGAUAAUCAACGAGCUGGGACUGCUUUAUCUGUUUGGCCAGAACAAGAAGACGGGCGAGGCCAACAUGUAUCCCAAGCCAGUGCAAGAUCUGGCAGGCUGGAACAUAACAGCAAUUGGCUGUGCCAAUACCUCAAUUAUGAUAUCGGCUGAUGAUACUCUAAUUGCCUGGGGCGCAUCACCCACAUUUGGCGAGCUGGGCAUUGGUGAGUUCCAGAAGUCGUCGACGGUGCCAAAGGAGGUGCCCAAAAUGGACGGCAUUAAAAUACCUCAGGUUACCAUGGGCUACUCCCAUACGGUUUUGCUUGUGGAUACCACACAUGAGGCCACCAAGCAGAAGUAUGAGAAGAUGCCCGAAUAUACUAUCGAAGAUUAAACACACCCAGCAACAAAAAAAAAAGGAA